GGGGUGGACCGGGUGGUUUAGCUGUCUGUAAAUCGGCGCCCUCCGACCUGGGAUGCGCGCCGAAGCUUGGGGGACUCCCAUCCUCAAACUUCAGGCUGGCUGCACGUUGACUAAGACUGUUGUCUGCUCAAAACUACAUCCUGUUUAGGACUGUUUUGCAGCUGGAAAUCCCUGGUCUUACAUGUUAACUUCCAUUAAAUUCAAGAAAUGUCUGUUGAGUGCAUGCUUUGUGGCAAAGGUAAGUACUGUAAUAAUAGAAUGGAAGAAGACAACAGACUCUGCCAACCAGGAGAUUCCAACCUAGAGUUCAGAUCAGUACAGUAAUUAAUUUAUUAGCACCCACCUAGGGUGUUCAUGCUGACGAGCUUCUAAGAUUUGAGAGCUGUUUUAUAAUGGGCCCAAAGGAAAUGGAACACAAAGUAGCCGGUUUUUUUAAAUUGGUAGUUACUAAGUCAGACACCUAACAUAGAAGGAAAAAAAAAAACCUCACAAGAUCCAUAUAAGGUAAGCAUUACUAUUGUUAUAUGGGGGAGAGUACAUGGGAAGACUAAAGCUGAGAGAGUUAUUUAGUUGGUGGGGAAUCUCUGGCUUAGAGGCAUAUGUGUAACCACCAUGCUCUAUCAAUUUCCAAUUUGUUUUUUAGGUAGGAAAUCAUACAAACUUGGUAUAAACAACAUCAGGCAAUACAGAACUAUAAACCCUAAUUUCUCUCAAAUCAUCUUCCCAAUAAUAAUCAGCAUUUAAAGGAGGGCUUCAUGGGAAGGGGUUCAUUUUUUAUUUGUAAUUGCAAACCCAAUACUUGAAUGCAUGCCCUUUGGAAAAAAUCCCAACAAUUCAAGGUCUACUAGUAAAAGUUAAAGUUCGCCUCAGGUGUCUCCUCCCCUCAGAAACCAUUGUUAAGGUUUGGUGCCUAUCCUUCCAUGGAUAUAUAUUGUAUGUAGUUUGCAAGGUGAAGGAUUUUUUAAUUAUAACUAUAAAGACUAUUAUUAUAGUGUGUUUAGAACACAGCACCUACUAAUAGCAUAAGAGAAUCAGAGGUAUCAUCAGUCAUCAGCUUGAAUGGAGAGUGCAUUUAGGUAAAUGCUGAUGCCAAAACCCCCUAACAAUGUGGGGACAGCAGGGCAAUGCCAGGAGCCAAAGACUGGGCAUUGUGCCUGGAGAAUACUACACCCAGUGACUGAGUUCCUGGCACAGCCUCCUUUCAUGGUUGUUUCCCCCUCAUAGGUCCAGAGCAUGCAUCUCAAUUCCUAGUUAAAACUGCAGAAUUCUAAUUUGGAUUUUCUAUCCUGUCUUUGAUCCUAUGCAGCACUAUUAAUAAUCAAGACUCUCCCUCAAGUGCCCCUUUUCCAUUUUGGCAAAUUCCUCUAAGCCCCAGCUUUCUCCUUUCUGGCUUCCUUAGCUUGUACUCACCUCUGGCCAGUUAGUGUGUGUGGGACUUUCUGUCUGCCCCCUGCCACGCUGGAACUGACUUAGAUACUAUGCUCUCUACUCUCUGAUGUCUUAGACCUUUUUGAACUGUUCUCCUGAAAGAGGAAUGUGAAGAAACCUGGAAGAAUUGCUUAGUAAAGAAUCAGAAAUUUAAAACAAAAAUGUGAGAGAUGUAUAUACACAAGAGCUGCAAUACACACAGUAGGAGCAAUCAAGGACAAAGGAGGCGGCCAAAAAAUAGAAGGUUGGUGAGUCUCAUCAUUUUUCUUUAUUUCAUUAUUUAUUAUCACUGUUGUCUCUAUUGUUGUUUUACCUGUAGAUCAACUUGCCUAAAAUGAGUUUGCUAAAGGACAAUUUAUCACUUGUCAAAUUAGCCAAAAAUCUAUUGAUCUAUUGACUGAUUACAGCAAAAUCUGAUGCCCACCCCCAUGCCUGACCAAUGCCCUGAGGGUGUGAGUGGGUGAGGUGGUUGUGACAGGUGGGAAAUGGCUUAGUGAGCAUACUCAGAGUGUAGUGAGGGGAAGGGAGGUUUCACCAGACAAGUGAUUGUGUAGAUAUUUUUGCUUAUUUUCAUUUACUAACAUAGAUAUUUUCCAUGCCCUUAUAUACAGACUGGCUUCUUAUUAACAAUUUCAGACUUUCCUCCAUAUCAUACCUGUGGUAUGCAGAAUAAUGCCUCAAGUCCCUAAAGAUGUUCACAUCCAAAUCCCUGAAACCUGUGAAUAGGUUACCUUACAUGGCACAAGGGACCUUGCAGGUGUCAUUAAGAUUAAGGACCUUGAGAUGGGGAGAUUAUCAGGGAUUAUUUGGGUUAGCCCAAUGUAAUCACAUGGAUCCUUAAAAGCAGAGUCCUUCCACUGACUGUGGCAGGAGGGAGAUGUGCCUACAGAAGAAUGAUCAGAGAUGCAACAUGCUGGCUUUGAAGAUGGAAGAAGGGGCUGUAAGCCAAGGAAUAUGCAAUCAAUAUGACCUCUUAAAGCUGGAAAAGGAAGGACACAGAUUCUCUGAUAGAGCCUCCAGAAAGGAAAGCAGCCCUGCCUUAAUUUUAACCCCAUGAGACUUGUGUUGGACUUCUGACCAACAGAACUGAUUGAAACUUUUCAAAAGAAAGUGUUCAGAGGAAGAGCGUCCUAAAGGGGCAGAGGCCAAAGAGGAUUCAGACAGUUGACUGCAGCCCAUCCUAGAUGUGUUUCUUUCUCAGACUAUGCUUCCAACUUAAGACAAUUGCUGCUGCCACCUGGAGAUUCUCAGCCAACUUGGAAAUAAAACCGUGAUUUGGUUUCUAAGAAUGCUAUUUCUAUGCAAUGCUGUAAGAAGAAGAAGGAAAAAUAGAGAGGCUGAAGACACAGAGGAGAGAAGCAUAAAUGAAAUGACUGGAGGGCAUGGGAUCCAGGAAGAGAAGCUAGACUUAGAAAAGGGGCACCCCUCACCCAGACGAAUGAGGUUUACCUUCUAGAGUCUGACAAUGCUCCCACCACAGGAAAAAUCCAUGGAGGAAGUCUGCCAGCCCGCAAAGAUGAAAUGCCUCCAAGGUAUCACCAAGUGGGCCUUAGAAUCUGGGUAAAAACCUUGGGGGUGCAUAGACUUGCUCGUCUGUUUCAGUGGAUGGACAUGGACCUGGGUGUCUGGAAUUGCUGGGAGUGAUUCCCAAACUCUUCUACUUGCUAGCUACAUCACACUGGGUGACUGAGAUCACUUUUCUAGGUCCUAUUUUUCCUCACCUGCAUUGUGAAAUUAUCAGUAACUGCCCGUGUGAUUAUUGUGAGAAUCAAACACAUACAUGUAAAGUAUCUGGCACAUAGUAGUGUUACAUUUCAGUGGGUUGGGGCAGCUAGAACUUGGUUGACUCAGAGGCACUGAAAACACUGUUGGCUGGGAGACAGGAGGUGAAGCUUGUGUGGGUACCUAAUGAGGCAAGUGAAGAGAGGAUGUGGAAAGCAAAGGUGUUUGGAACCUGCCAUAUCCCAUCAGCUAUAGUGGGAGAUGGUUAGGGGCCUCCUGGGGUUGCAAGGCUGAGCUGAACCCUUAAAACAGGAGGUGUUUUUGAAAGUGGUGCUGGAGACAGCUUAUGAAAAGUGCUACUGAGAAGCAGCCUCUCUGGAUGAGACUCCUCACACCUGAGCUCCCAUCUAUUUACUCCUCAGGCCCCCAGGUGAACCAAGGCCCAGGCAAGUCCUUUGGCCCCUUGGCUCCUGAGGAAGAGCUCGUAUCAGCCUCUCCACUGGAGGAAAAAGAGGAGGAGGUGCAAGAGGAGGAGGAUCUGGAUCCAGAUAUAACCCCAGACCAGGAGGAAGAGGAAGAAGAGAACAGUCUCAGGGAUCCAGCUAUCCUCAGUGCUGUCCAUAACACCCAGAGAGGUCUUCUCCACUCCCCUGGAAUGAAGGCCCCUGGUGUGUUGGGGAUGGCACCUGCCUCCUUGCACUUCCUGUGGCAGACCCUGGACUACUUGUCACCAGUUCCUUUCCGGCCUACCUUUCCCAGUGCCAGCUCUCCCAUACGGCACUUUGGACCUCGACUGCCCUCGCCCGACCCAUCUCUCUUCUGCAGCCCACCGACCUCAUGGCCCCCUAGGUUCAGCCUUCACAGCCCUCUUGCCCGGCUCCACCCUUGGCACCAGCGGAUCCUGCAGCUGCAGCGACAUUGUCAGACACCGAGUCCCCCAGUCAAGAAGCCUUGGUCUCAGCAGCCAGACCCCUGUGCUGACCUCAUGACCCAAAAAGAGAAGGACUGGGUGAUAAAAGUGCAGAUGGUUCAGCUGCAGAGUGAGAACCCCCGCCUGGAUGACUAUUACUACCAGGAAUAUUAUCAGAAACUAGAGAAGAAGCAGGCAGAUGAAGAACUACUUGGGCAAAGGAGCAAAGUUGAGUCAUUCAAGCUGGUAACGCCUUACAUUCAAAAAGCAGAGGCUUACGAGUCAGUGGUUCGAAUUGAGGGUUCCCUGGGCCAGGUAGCUGUAUCGACGUGUUUUAGCCCUCGCCGAGCUAUUGAUGCUGUACCCCAUGGAACUCAAGAGCAGGAGGCAGGAGCUGCAAGCAGUCAGAGGCUGCAGGUGUUGUACCAGAUUGAGAAGAUGUUCCUUCAGUUACUAGAGAUAGAGGAGGGCCAGAGGGAUGGACUUUCACAGGCCUGCUACUCUGAGCAGCAAAGCAACCAGGUUGAGAAGAUCUUUGAGGCCUUAAAGAUUCAGGAGCAGAAUAAUCUGGAGGAGGCAGCAGAGGGCUUCCUGCAGGUGCUUUCUGUGAGGAAGGGGAAAGCCCUAGUGGCCCGGCUGCUCCCCUUCCUGCCCCAAGAUCGAGCUGUUAGCCUCCUUCUGGCUGUCACCCACCACCUGCCCCUCCUGGUCAGGAGGGACAUGGCUGAUCAGGCCCUACAAAUGUUGUUCAAACCUCUCGGUAAAUGUAUCAGCCACUUGGCCUUCCACGAACUCCUCCAAGGACUUCAGGGACUCAUGUUGCUUCCACCUGGCUCCUCAGAGCGACCAGUCACUGUGGUGCUUCAGAAUCAGUUUGGAAUUUCUUUGCUCUAUGCUUUGCUAAGUCAUGGAGAGCAGCUGGUAUCCCUGGAUUCUUCCCUAGAGGAACCCAAGAAUGACCAUUCAGCUUGGACAGACAUGGUGGUUCUGAUCGCCUGGGAGAUAGCCCAAAUGCCUACAGCCUCUCUGGCAGAACCCCUGGCUUUCCCCAGUAACCUUCUUCCCCUGUUCUGUCACCAUGUGGACAAACAAUUGGUACAGCAGCUGGAGGCUAGGAUGGAGCUUAUUCCAAUCUACUGAUAUGGUUGUUCUGGAAUAUAUGUAUGUGGGAACAGUUUAACCUCAGACUCUGGAUGUGUGACCUAUCAGAGGAUCCAGAGUCUGAAGACAUCUCUUAUGCCUUAUAUAUUGGAGGACCAGACCAAAGCAUUUUCUUAUGCAUUCUUGAAAAACCUGAAUGAUGUGCCUAAAAAGGCACGGCAUAAGGUAUCAUUAAAGAGAUAAUACAAUGAUGUGCUGGAACUUGUUUGUAAGGAGGCAUAAUAAAAGCCAUUUUAUGUGUGACUUCUCCAAGAGUGUCCUUAAUAAAAGGGACAAGGCCUUGUUACAUCUACCAAAGUAUGACCUUGUAAAUUGCUCCAAUAUUGCCAUUUUCUUUUUAAAGAUAAAGUAUUGAGUAAGAGGGCUGGUUAUAAAUAUCUCCUUUAGGAUACGAAAUGUUUGGUUUAACUUAAGAUCAUGCAUUCAUCAACAUCAUUGGAGUGCCUUUUAUGAAACAGGCACCAUUUUAGGUGGUGGGGUAACAAUGUUGAAGAAUGAAAAGUUUCUGCUCUUCUGAAGCUUACAUUCUGGUUGGACAGGGACAAAUACAAAAUAUUUAAUGAUAAAUACCAUGGUGAAAAUAAAACUGGGUGAUGAACAACUGGAGUGCAAAGAUCCAGGACAGCCAAAGAGGUAUGGGUAAGCUGAGAUGAAAAGCAUUCCAUGUAGAGGUACCUAGUGAUCACAAGGCCCCUCAAGUGAGAAUAACUUGGUUUCAGGAAAAGUGUGGCUGAGAUACACAGAUAAGGGAGGGUGAUGAGGUUGGAGAGAGGCAGGGUACAUAUAUGUAAGCUAGGAUUUUUUUUUUAAUCUGGACUUUUAACUGUGAUAGAAAAGUUAGAACUUUUAAAAAGAAUUUUAAAAGUGACAUGAUAUUUGUUUUUAGAACACUGCUGAAUUGUUAGAGGAAUGAGCAGCAGCAGAAAAAAUGUUCAGAGGUUCUUUUCUAACAACUCAGGCAAGAAUUGAAAAGCAGUAGUGAUGGAAAUUCCACAAGAGAUUUGGAAUAGGUCUUGGAAGUAAGAUUUGAUAGACAUUUUUGAUGGGUUGGAUAAAGAUGGUGGUUAAGAAUCAAGGAUGACUCCUAGGUAGAGUAAAU